AUCGAGGGACGUCUGAAUUCACCAUGGAUAGACACACAUACACACGCACACCACACGCAUACAAACAUACACUUCGUCGAUGCACUCACUCACUUCGCCACACAUGAAUGAAUCACAUGAAUCAAGGAAGGAAUGGAUGCCCGGAUGGAUGGCCGAAUAAGUGUCCAAACACCCACCACUCAUCAGCAGUAGGGAAUUCGUAACAAAUAGCUACGCACCAGCAUCCACACGCAUCCACACGCAGCCAGGCAGGCAACCCACGCGUAUGCGAAAAGCAGACAUGGCUACGCACAGUUGCGGAGAGCUACGCACAGAUGCGGAGAGAGAAACUGCGACCAGCCAGGCAGGCAGAAUUAUCCCUCCCUGUCAGCCACCACGAAAAGCGACCAGUCAGCCACUAACCAGAGUCCCUGGUGGGCAAACGGGCCACCAGAGCUGGGAAGAGUGAAUGACACACAGACACACAGACAGACAGACAGACAGACAGGCCACCCCACAUCCGUAGGGUCAGACGAGAAAUGGGCCCCGUCAGUCAGAACCUUUUCCCGGUUGGCUUGCUCGCACGUGGAUGUCCACGUACGCCAAUACACACACACACACCCCUACACCUACACUGCAUCAUGCCGGGAGCAUUAGGUAGGUAGCUAACCAAAGAGACAGAGAGAGGGGGGGGGGAAUACAUCCUACGUAAAGCUCAAAAAGGUCGCGUGUGCGCGUGUUCUGGUGGCUGAGGAAAAUCGACGACGGGCGUGAUCGCUGCGUGCACCGCGACUCCAUCAAGAUCGCAAAAGUACGCACAUACACACACAGAGAGAGACGCCCACACACCCAGGCACACGGCACUAGUGCACACGCGCGUCACAUCCAUCCAUCCAUCCGCAUGGAGAUGUAUAGGAAUAUAUAUAAUGCAUUCGACAAUUCCCGCAGUCACACACACACAGACCUACCGACACGUAUACACCCCGUCAGUGAGUCAGUGAGUCCGUCAUCCCCCCAUGCCGUCAUCGGUCUCUCUGUGGACAAUGUCGUCGUCGUGGAUCAGCCGAUACGCCCGCGCCUUGGGCGACGCGCCAUCUCCCGUCAUGCCCAUGCCCAUCCCGCCCUCCUGACGCGUCUGCACGCUCAGCCGCUGCAGCGCCUUGCUCACCUCCAACGGCCAGUCGACGCGACACAGGAAAACGGAGAAUACCAUCACCUUCACCAGAACUGCGAGGGCAAGGGCGCUAAAGAGCCCCCACAGCCGCAUCGACCACGCGAGACAGAAGACACACGCCGCAGGGAUGCCCACGCCCACGUAGGCACACACGCUGGCACAGGCCGAGGGAAACUGCCGGCCGAUGCCGUCCUGAACCCCACGCAGCACUGCGUAGAGGGAGUCCGCGAGCAGGAUGGCCAUCAGCAGGGGCAGGUGGGCCACGAUGGUGUUGUGGGUGUGAUGGUCGGUCGCCAGAAUGUGCCCGAUAGGCUUUCGGGACAGCACCACUGAGCCGCAGCAGACGGACAUGACGGCGAAGAUGAGCACAAGGGCCGCGAAGCACAGCCGCCUGGCCUGUCGAUAGUUGCAGUCGCCAAUGGCAUUGCCCACCAGCACCGCCGUCGCGUUGCUCAGGCCCCAGGGCAGCGCAGCGAGCGCCGAGUAGAGCGACAACAGGCUCGCCGACGCAGCCACCGCCACGUUGCCGAACGCCCCGCUCACAAACACCACCCCGGACCAGCACCACCUCUCGAGGCAAGUCAUGACGACCGCCGAGCCCCCCAACUUGCAGAUCUCCAUCAGCCCCCGGGAGUCGAGCACCUCACUGAGUGAGCCCUUGGUCCACUCGAGUCUGUCGGUGACCAGGGAGUAGACGACGAAGCACAUGGCCAUGAGGAAGGAGGCCGUGGAGAAGGCGAUGGGGGGGCAGACGAAGCCGCAGGGAGGGGCGUGGCCGGGGAAGGACUCGAACACGUAAAUGAGGCCCACCAUGCACACGAAGGAGAGGGCGGCAAACCAGAUCUGGGGGUGGGUCACGCCCUUGGACAGAUAAAACUUGUCCACCGCCUGAUACACCAGACAAACAAUGCGCGAAGCAAUCCAUGUGUCUGUGUUUUGUGUGGACGUCCGUCCCUGAGUCACCCACCUCGUAGAAGCAGCGGCAGGGCAGUGAGGGCAUCAAGCAAAGGCAAUAUUGGAAGGCCACCAUGCUGGCGACCCCAUCGCCGAGAAAGAGGGGCCAGAAGAAGCGCGAUGCCACGCACACGACGGCCAGGGGGAUGAGCAGGACCAGCAGCAUGAACAGCCCGCGGAGCAGCUGGAUGCCCGCCAUUCGGUCAGCCCCCGCACCAAAGGCUUGGGAGCACAGCGUGUCCAGACUCCUGGCAAACCCCAGGCCGCACGCCAUGCUGAUCAGACAGACAGACACAGAACAAACAACCGACACACACGUGACACAUCACACAUCACAUACAUGUCAGUCUAGUCAGCUCGUCGUGUGUGCGCCUAUGCAUAUAAGGCCGUCGAGUGCUCCCUCCGCUCACCCACCCACCAGAAUGAGUUGACGAGAAAAAUGGCCAGACCAGCGGCACUCUGCAACUCACUCCCAGAUCGUCCGGCGUAGGCAAGCAACACCUGCACACAACACACACAUCCAAUCCAGGACCACCCAGACAGACAGACAGACAGACGGGCAUACACACGUGCACAACUUUGCCUUGCUGUGGUCGGGUGGUCUGACCAGGACUUUGCUGAAGUCGAGCCCGUUCUUGGUCAUAACGGGUAGCCCCUGUCUGACGAGAGCUUUGCUGUCCCGCAAUGCAUAGUCGCGGCCGCGAGCGUGUGGGAAGGAAGGCAGGCUGCUGGGCCGAUGCUGAGGGACGACAGACAUCGAACGAAUACAAUAUAAGCUCACCAAAUGGCAAAUGGUGGAAAAAGGACUUGAAGCGAAUCAGUCAGAUGAGCAGUCCCC